AUAGCAAUCGAUAAGUGUAGCUCACACUGCACAACAUUAGGUGGAGAAUACACGCGGAGCACGGGCGUUUGGGGCUAAACGAACUGAUUGGAUUUAAUUUGUAAUUGAAAUUAAGGCGUAAAGGCUGCUUAAAUUAUAUGUUUUAGUUGUUUAGGUAUUUGUGCAUGCUCUCGUUUCACACCAGCAGCAGUCGGUGGUUGAAACUGUGCAAGUCAACAUUUCCAACAAUAAGAAAAUUCGCAGUGAAAAAAUUUGCCAAGCAAAACUGCAUACAAACAAAAUUUUCAGCAACAGUCAAUUGUCAAAGGGUGCAACAGCAUACAAUGUCUGAACACGUAAAGUACCUAGAAAUACCAGAUAAAUCAGAGAAUGACAAAAAGAACUACAAAACUCUGCUUUUGGGUAAUGGACUGCAUGCGUUGAUUGUGUCGGACCCCAGUCCCAUGCCACACGAUGGCUUUACAUCAGAAUCAUCAGCAGGUGAAAUAGAUGAGACAUCUGGUGAGACAGAGACCACAUCGGACGAAAGCAGCUCCUCGAGCUCGGGCAGUGGCAACAGUGAUUCCGAUUCGGAUAGCGAGGUGGGCGAUGAGAAACUGGCCGCCUGUGCAGUACUAAUGGACUACGGUUCAUUUGCUGAGCCCCGCGAAUAUCAGGGCUUGGCUCACUUUCUUGAGCAUAUGAUCUUUAUGGGCUCUGAGAAGUAUCCAGAGGAGAACAUCUUUGAUGCGCAUAUUAAAAAGUGUGGUGGCUUCACAAAUGCCCUUACCGACGGCGAGGAGACAUUGUUCUACUUUGAGGUAGCAGAGAAACAUUUGAACAGCAGUCUGGAUUACUUUACAGCGCUAAUGAAGCAUCCUUUAAUGAAGAAAGAAGCUAUGCAGCGCGAACGCUGCUCUGUGGACUCAGAGUUUCAGCAAAUCUUGCAAGAGGAUGAAACACGACGUGACCAGCUGCUGGCCAGCUUGGCCACAGAGGGCCAUCCACAUGGCACCUUUGCCUGGGGCAAUAUGAAGUCGCUCAAGGAGAAUGUGGACGAUGAUGUACUCCAUAAGCUGUUGCACGAGAUACGACGUGAACACUAUGCUGCCAAUCGCAUGUAUCUAUGUCUGCAGGCACGUCUGCCCAUUGACGAACUGGAGGCGCUAGUCUUGCGUCAUUUUGCGGACAUACCCGGCAAUAAGUCGCGUGCGCCAGAUCUAACCAAGUUCAACUAUCGCAACUCAUUUCGCGAUGAGUUCUAUACGCAUGUAUUCCAUGUAAAGCCCGUGGACAAUGUGUGCAAGCUGGAGUUGACGUGGGUGCUGCCCAGUAUGCGGCAAUAUUAUCGCAGCAAACCAGAUAAUUUUCUCUCUUUUCUGCUGGGCUAUGAGGGCAAGGGCAGCCUCUGUGCUUAUCUGCGUCGUCGCCUCUGGGCCUUGGAGCUGGUGGCUGGCAUUGAUGACAAUGGAUUUGAUCUCAAUUCCAUGUACAGUUUGUUUAAUGUCUGCAUUUACUUAACAGACGACGGCUUCGAGCAUUUGGAUGAAGUGCUGCAGGCCACCUUUGCCUAUGUUAAGGUCAUCGCUGAAGCCAGUCCCGAUGCACUGCGUGUGUGCUAUGAGGAGCAGCAGGGCAUUGAGGCCACAGGCUUUCGGUUUCAGCCACAGCGUCCAGCCAUGGAUAAUGUGCAGCAUCUGGUGCUCAACUGCAAGCACUUUCCACCCAAGGAUAUACUUACGGGCAGAGAACUCUACUAUGAGUACAAUGAACAGCAACUCAGGCUACUCAUUGAUCAUUUGAAUGCCUUUAAGUUUAACAUUAUGAUCACCUCACGCACCAAGAAACCGGACAUUGUCUAUGACAAGAAGGAGCAAUGGUUUGGCACAGAGUACACCAGCCAACCCAUGCCAGAGAAUUGGAAAACCAUCUGGCAGCAAACCACAGCGAAAUCUCUAGAGGAACUAUUUCUGCCCGAACCCAAUCGUUUUGUCACCCAAGACUUCACCAUCUAUUGGCAUACGCUGGGCAAGCCGGACAUACCAGAGGCGCCCAAGAGGCUUCUCAAAACAGAAAACUGUGAGCUCUGGUUCAGAGCCGACGAUAAGUACGAGCUGCCCGAAGCGUAUAUGGCGUUCCACUUCAUCUCGCCGCUGCAGCGACAGAGCGCUAAAAACGACACCAUGUGCGCUUUGUAUGAGGAACUAGUCAAGUUCCAUGUCAGCGAGGAGCUGUACCCGGCCACCAGCGCUGGCCUCAACUACAAUUUCAACGUCAGCGAAAAGGGCAUAAUUCUGCAGUUGCGCGGCUACAACGAGAAGCUGCAUCUGCUGGUUGAUGCCAUUGCCAAUGCAAUGGUCAGCGUAGGCGACACACUCAACGACCAAAUGGUGGCCACCUUUGUGACCGAUCAAAAGCGCACAUAUUUCAAUACGCUCAUCAAGCCACGUCAUCUCAACAGAGAUGUGCGCCUUUGCAUGGUGGAGCACAUGCGCUGGCUCAUGAUUGACAAGUACAAGUGCCUGAACGACAUUAAGCUGCAGGAUAUGGUGGAGUUUGCGCGUCAGUUUCCGCAGCAGCUUUACGUGCAGGCGCUGGUGCAAGGCAACUAUACGCCGGAGUCGGCGCAUAAUGUAAUGAAUGCAGUGCUGCGUCGUCUGGGCUGUGAGGCCAUUAAGGAGCGAAAAUAUGUGGAGGAUCGCACAGUGCAGUUGCCACAAGGCGCACGCUUUAUACGCUGCAAUGCGCUGAACGCCGAGGACACCAACACAGUAAUCACCAACUACUAUCAGCUGGGCCCGAAUACAGUGCGCCUGGAGUGCAUAUUGGAUUUGCUGAUGAUGUUCGUCGAGGAGCCACUGUUCGAUCAGCUGCGCACCAAGGAGCAGCUGGGCUAUCAUGUUGGCGCCACAGUGCGCAUGAACUAUGGCAUAGCCGGCUACUCCAUUAUGGUCAAUUCGCAGGAGACCAAGCAUAGUGCACAGCAUGUGGAGCAGCGCGUUGAGGUGUUCCGCAGCAACAUGAUGCAGAUAUUGGAGGAUAUGUCGCAGGAGGAUUACGAUCAUACGCGUGACUCGCUCAUCAAGCUUAAGCAAGUGGCAGACAUGUCGCUGGCCACAGAAUGGUCACGCAAUUGGACCGAGAUCAUCAAUGAGGAAUAUAUGUUUGAUCGACGUCGCCAGCAGAUUGAGCUGCUGCGCAACUUGACCAAACGCGAAAUUGUUGCAUUCUUGGUAGAAAACGAGAUAAGCAACAUGCGCAAAAUAUCCGUCCAGGUUAUUGGUCAUAAGUCAAAGCAGCAGACGCACUCUCUCAAAUCAAAGCCGGGCAUCAACAACUGCGUUGAGCUGGGCGAGAAGGAUGAUAAUGACGAUGAUGACGAAGAAGAGGAAGAAGUGGAUGAGGAUGAGCUAUUCAAAGCCUUAGCCGAUAAGCUUAACGUAGUGUUUCUUGCCAAGGAAGGCGAUGCCACCACCAUUGUGGACAUUAACGACUUUAAGGCCAAUUUGGAUUUGUAUCCCAAGCAACAGCUGCACACCGAGGAUCUCCCACGCCCACGGCUCAUCGAAGACAACUUAGUACGCACGUAAAUCGCUUAACCACAUAAAGGAAAA